UAUUAUUUGGAUGGUGAUCAUAUGCAUUCAAGCAUCCAAAAGGUUCCAGCCUUGGUUCUCGACUGCGAGCCGGACAUUGAUUUUAGCAGAGAUUUAGAAGCUAAGCAGCAGUAUGCUCGCCAAGUUGCUGAGUUCUUUGAAUUUGUGAAGAAAAAGAAAGAAGUCAAUUCAUCAAAAGUUGGAGAGAACUCGGCAAUGAGUAAUCAACCACAGGUAUUUCUUCCUCAUGAAGGAGGAUUAUUGAUGCCAGGUUCACAGCAUUUCCCAGAAUCAGCUCUCAAAUCUUUGGAUUUUCGACGAGCCAUGUCAUAUUUCUCUCAGUAGUCGAACUUUGUUCUGAUCUUUAACAAUCUGUGUAGAUUUCUGAAUCUGAUGUGUCGAAAAUGUUGUGUAAUUUAUCUUGCAUGUAAAAGAUGUUAACGUGUUGAUCAACCUUUCUAGAUGUAGGGCUAGUCGUGUAGCAUGCUAUGUAGUAGAAUCUUUGUUUGUUGAAGGUUUAAGAGUGAUUCUUACUUUGACGGCUGUGUACAGUUCAGUUCCGGGGUUUCUCUGAA